AUGGGUCAAGAUUUGGAGCUGGAUUUUGAAAAGUACUGUGUAGUGGAUGGAAGUCCUAAAACUGUUCUUCUAUCUCCUCGCCAUUUGAAUGUCGAAAAAAGAAAGGUUAGAAAGAAACCCAAAUGCCGAAAUGAAGUAUCGUUGAGUCAAAAUAAGGAAUUUACAGAGAUUAGCUUUAAUCGUUACCGUAGUGCAUCGUGUCGAACUGUUCCAUCGAUUAGGUUAGAAGUUGAUGAAUCACCAAGGCGGGGUUCUGUAUAUCAGAGCUCCAACCAAGUAGGUAAAAUGAAUAGAAUCAGAGAAAAGGAAACAGAAGGGAGGAAGAAGAUUGAACUUUCAAGGAGAAGUGCUGCUUCAUUUUCAUUUGAAAUAGUUGAUUCUUUGUGUAGUUCAGAUGAGGAUAAUAGCUCGUUAGGCUCGUUCACAAGUUCAUCUCUAGGUAUAUCUCGAAGUUCAGUCAACAAGGAGAAUCUCUCAAUGAGUAACGAUGAUAAACGUCCUCAUGCCAUCCCUUUGCACAAAUCUUUGUCUGCUAGAUUAGCAAUGCCUCAUUCUCCAACCAAAACAGAAAGCGAUUCCUCCAAGCCUACUAGUCCCAAGACUCGUUUCAGUCCUUUCAGAAAGAUGUUUGACCCCUUCACAAAACCCAAGUCUCAAAAAAGUCCUUUGGGCUCUGCUAUUGAAGAACCUGAUGAACCAACAUCAUCAUCAAAUCCACCAGUUAACACGAGAAACGUUACUUUAAGAAAAUCGUUGCUAAACGAUUUCUCCAACACCGAGGGUGAUACUCAGUCUAUCAAGAAAGAUUCUUGUAGCUCAAUUGUGUCAUCAUCUUCUUCGCCUGCUCACUUAAGUGGGUUCCUUAAGCUAAGGGACAAGAAUGGGGUGCCGUAUUUUGAGUUCUCAGUGAAGAAUCCACAUGAUGUUUGGGUGGCAAAGACAUGGAAGACGGGGGACGGUUUCAAUUGGGUAUAUACGUUUCACAUGGCUCAAAAUAGAAGAAAGAGCAAUGCUAGUGGCCGAGGAUCUAAAGAUCAUAGAAGUAAAGAAUUCUUGAUGAUGGCCCAGAUGCAAGUUUCUUGUUAUUUAUGUACAGAAUUGAUACACGCAGGAGCUUUCGACAACUCCAUGUUCACAGAGUUUGUGUUAUAUGAUCUUGUACGUCCACGGCAAUCUGUUGCACAAAUGCCCGAGGGUUUGAAUCCAAAAGAAAGCUCAAAUGAGGUUAAGUUAGAGGAAAGCACGACUGCUUCUGACUGCUUAACUGCAUCAAAAGUUAGUGUCGUUAUCCCUUCAGGAAACCAUGGUUUGCCAAGCAGUGAAACUCGUGGGGCCUCACCAUUACUUGACCGUUGGAGAUCAGGUGGAGGUUGCGAUUGUGGAGGGUGGGAUAUGGGGUGUCCCCUUGUUGUUUUUGGCAGUUCCGAUUUAAAAAAGGAUGAUGCCUGUAACCUGCCUGUGGAAAUUUUCCUGAAGGGAACUAAAGAGAACACACCGGCUUUAACCAUGAAGUUGACUGAAGAGGGGCAAUAUGCGGUUGACUUCCAUGCACAACUAAGCUCACUACAAGCCUUUUCUGUAUGUGUUGCUAUAUUGCACGGUACAGAAGCCUCCAUUGCCAUUGGUGGGGAUAUGAACAGAAAGAUCAUGCAAUGCGAUUCUUUAAGAGUCUUCAUUGAAGAUGAAGUGAAGCACUUGAUUGAUGCCGUGGCAGAGGGCGAGAAAAGAAAAACAAGUAAGAAUCUUGACGAAAUCCCACCUACUUUUGUAGUUAAUCCGCCUUUUUCUCCAAUGUCUCGUGCAUGAGCCCUAUAGUAGGUGCUCUAAAAGGGUGAUCAGAAAAUUCCCAAUUCUAGUUCACGAAUGCCAAAGGAGCCCAUUUGUUCUUAUUGGAAUUGGUAGCUUCAUAGAGGAACUGUUGACUUCUCAAACCAUCGUGUUUGAUACUUGGUUGCAAAUAAACCAUUAACGAAAAUGCAAAAAGAAACGAGCACACUUUCCAAGAAAUGCGCGAUGUUAACAAAAAGCGUCAAGUACCAUGUUUUCUUGUCCAUUUACAUUCCCAUAAUUUGUUCAACAUCGCUCAUUUUUCCAAAUAUACAAGUGUUCUUUUAAGCAUUUUCGGGAUUUACCAUGGAAAGCCAAAUAUAGAGGUUCAAAAAGUGAAAACUUAAAUUUAAGGUCCAUGAUUCCACGUAAUCAAAGAGGAAAAAGACGCUGUUUAUAUCGAUGGUUUUGGUUUCUUGGGGAAACUUUAAGCAGAAAAACGACAUUGUUUAUAUGAUUGGUUGGUUUUGGAGGGAAAAGUAGUUGAUUUGAAUAUCUUUUGAGAGAUUGUUUUCUGGUGAAGGAAGUGAGAAAGGGGAUAUGAAUCCAUAUAUCAUGUAGGAAGAUGAUUUGCUACAUUUAGUUUUGUAAUGUUAUGUGAAAGUGUAGCAGUGGGAAAUUGUUUUCCACAAAAAGAUAUCCAAAUGGGUAUUAUGGUCUUUUAACAUUCAUGGAGGAAUAUUUGUAUCUCUGGAAUGAUAAAUAAUACAGAAUCU